CACGCCGUAGUAGAAUUGAGUAGCUUUCACGUUCAACAGUGAUUGUAUCUUUUGCGUGAUUUGUUUGGGAUCCUUCGUUUGUUCGAGUUAUGGGACACGCGAAAGGAAACGAGAAGUUGCAUGGUAGGAAAGUAUGCCGUUGAGCCGCCUGGGGCCGUAAAAGAGCACGUACGGCCACAGCAGCGGAUUGCCGUGCCACAAUUCCUUCAUUUCGGUGACCAGAAACUCGCUCUCGGGCAGCCCGAGRCGCGUCAUUUGCCGCAGCUGUACGGUCACGUGGAGCCGCGAGGGGAGGCGCAGAGAUCUUCCUCCCAGCGUGUAUUCCUGGUGGAGCAACAGGACGAGCUCGAUCGAGUCUCCCAGCGGCCGGACAUCGAUGCACCGGGGCGGGGACACCGAAACCGGGUUCAGCGCCCCCAGCGCGCGGAAGGCUUCCCCGACCUCCUCCGCUCCUACGCAGACCGCGGCCGGGUCCUCGAAGGUCGCCGUGGGUGCCAGCUCGACGCCGCCRCCGGAUGCUGCUUCGGUUCCCCUGCCACGAUACAGCCKGCCGACCCAGUCGGUGACCAGGUCGUAGUGCUUGGCGUCGAAGCACUCCGYCUGUUCGCUUUUGCCGGGGCGGCURGGGUCGAUCCCGCCGAUUCCGGCGCGGGCGAUCGAUGCCAGGCUGAACGCGACGUGGGUCCCGACGAUGGUCGUUGCCAGCGGAAGGAUCUGGCGAAAGGACGUCAUUCCCGCCAUGGUGUUUCRGCGUGUCUCGCUUGAGCCCAACUCUUUCGAUGGCAUUGCCGACGGAYGCCAUCGGGACUUGUGCUUCCGCGUUCGAAAUUGGAACAGGAACAGUAUCGUACUUCUGUAUCUCGGUUGUUGAUGCGUUCGGUUUCCGACCGAGUCAGUCAGUCAUGAGUGAGUCAUGAGGGAUGUUUUCGGACAGUUAUUCAUAGUUAUCAAUAGUAUGAUAGUACUGGUAUGAUGCAUAUGCUUUCCUGUUUCUUGUGCAUCCAAAAUGGUCUCCGUCACGAGAAGUGGGGACCCUACUGAAUCUCUGCAGGAGUUCCUACCGACCGUCCUGUGCGUACGUACCGGUACCUCUACGAAGGAAGAUUUUCAGAUUUUGAUUCAUUCGAUCUUUCGGUUCGAUCAUUCSUUUUUCUGUGUUUUUUAUUUCGGUGGUCUUGAUGAUCGCUGCCACUUCAUUCUGCCAUACGAUCCAUAGACACAUCCAUCUUUUCCCMCGGUUCGUGGAUCCGAGACAUAGGUGGCGUCACCAAAGCACAGAGAACAGAAGAGAAGGCGAACCAAAAGGGCGUCGUCUUGGCGAUGAAUGAUCCCGGCCCGGCUCCGGAUGGGAACAUCGGCAACGAUACAGCUGUCUUUACGGGCGUCCCGACGACCCCGGAGGAUCUGUACGGCAUCAUGCUAUUCUUCCUGGCCCUCGUUCUGAUGGGCGACUGYGUCUGCCAACGCCUCCUGAAAAUCGUCCCKUCGCUGGUGGGAUACAUUCUCGUCGGGAUCGCCUUUGGACCGGAGGGAUUCGGUGUCCUGGGAAGCAACACCGAAGAAACCCUUGCGGUCCUGGGAAACCUCGGGCUGGUCCUCCUGAUCGCCCAGGCCGGCCUGGAGAUGGACUACGCCACCCUCCGGCUCGUCGGGCUCCGCGGCGUCGCCGUGGCKGUGGUAGGAACGAUCCUCCCCGUGUCGAUCGGCACCGCGGUGGCGUCCCGGUAUUUGGGGAGCUGGAGGUCGGCCCUGUCGGCCGGGUGUUCCUUCGGGCCGACCUCGGCGGGAAUCGCGAUGAACGUCCUCGGCCAGUGCACGGUUCGACCCGCCCGCUCGGGGGGCGGGUUGUCGUCUCCCGGAKGCGGGAGCAACGAAGACGGUGACGGCGGGAGCGACAACGGCGACACGGACAGCGGGAGCGUCCUGCGGCUGCCCGUUGGUCAGUUGAUCGUUGCCGCGGCCAUUGUCGAUGACAUUCUUGCACUGGUGGUACUCAGCCAGCUACAGGCGUUGACCACCACCACCACCGACGCGGCCGGAUCCGACGGCGGYACCAACAACAACAUUGCAAUGGACAUUGCGUUACCAAUCGCCAGUGCCGURCUGUGGCUUGUCGUGGGUGGGGGGAUYGCCCUCUGGGUCUUCCCAAGGGYUCUUUCCACAAUAUUUGAUCGAGUGGCUAAGGGGCGACCAUCCGUGGAGGGAGCGAGGGAGAGCGGGGGCCUGUCCCUUGGCGUCCUGUUUGGAUUGCUCUACGCGCUGCUUCCCGCCACCUACCUUACGGGGGCCUCACACCUGCUGGGGGSCUUUCUGAGUGGGCUGGCCUUCUGCAGGGACCCYACGGGGGUCGCGUCCCUUUUUCGGAGUCGCUUUGGGCGGCUCGUGGAGUGGCUGAUGAAGCUCUUUUUUGCGGCCUCGAUCGGCUUCCAGGUCCCCGUUCGGUCCUUCGGCGACACCGAGGUGGUGUCGCGCGGUUGCUUCUUUUCGCUCGCGCUGCUUGGGAAGCUCGCCGUGGGCCUGAUGACCCCGACCAACCUCGAUCCCUCGGGCGAACGAACCAGCAGCAGUGACAGCAACGACGGCAACGACGACAAUGGACAUCCGGACACCGCCAGCCCCAACGCUCGGUCCUUCUGCCGCGGGAAGCACGCCCGGGACUGCUUUGUGGUCGGRUUUAGCAUGAUGGGGGAAGCCGAGUUUGCCUUUGUCGUUGCCGUCUUUGGUGUCACRGAGGGCCUCGUGCCGCCAGAUAUUUACGCCAGCAUCGUCUUUGCGAUUUUGCUGUCGACCGUAAUCAGUCCGCUGCUUCUCAAGACCACCCUGGCCUUUUUCCCCUACGAUUAUGAUUACGAACAACACGACAGCCAAAGUGUCCAGAGAGAAGACAGCGAACCAGCGAUAAAAGGAGCAAAGGCUGCCAUCGAAGCCGAAUGACACCUUGUGAACUAUAAGAUUCUUUUGAAACUGGUAUGGKUACUAGUAAAUUUUCGUCACUAUACUGUGAUAACAARCUGUGCGCACUGAAACUGAUAAAAAAACAAAACCGUUCGACUUCCACAGAUAGGACGAAGAAAUCUAUUUCACCUUUUCUAUCCAAAAAUGUAUAYUUACGUUUCCCUGCCUUUGGCUUGGUGAUUMACACGUGAAACCACCUAUAGGACCUUUUUGGUAAGAGGAAUGUUUUUCUUGCUGUCCUUGUCACUUUCUGAGGCGGCGGAGCGUUCGCGAUCUCUUCGCUCCCUGGUCAUUGCCCAGGCCGAGGUUGCUCGCUUGCGACCCCAUACGAGACCCAGUGCGGCCAUMGUAUCGAUGAUCAGCUUGCUAGGAUURUACUGCGUCAAAAUGCCAAACUCGGAACAGGCAUAGUCAAAGGGAUAUUUGUGGUGCCAGUUGUGCCAUCCCUCGCCACCGGUAAACGCGUUCACGAACGGGUUCUCCCCGGCCACCGAUUUGGUAUCGUAGGGGCGGUCUCCGUAGAGAUGGGCGGCGGAAUUGACGAGGAAGGUGAAGUGCAGCACGCAGCAAUACCGAAGCGCACCGGCCACGUAGAGCGCRUUCCAGUAGUCUUCUCCCCAUCCAUAGUGCGCAAUCUGGGCCGGGAGGAACCACACAAAAUAAAAGGCAUAAAACGGAUCGCACAUGUGCUGGAUGCGAACCAAAGGAUCUUCCCAGAGGUCGGUGCGGUCGAUCUUCUCCAAGGCCGCCACUCGGUCCGGGUGCUUUUUCAAAAUGAGCCAGCCAAAGUGGGAAUAGAAGAACCCCCUUGUCGAAUUGUGUGGAUCCGCGUCUGGCAUGCGUUUGGUUGGAAAAAGACGCGCAAACUCUGUGAGUCAAACGGUCAAAUACUACUAAAGGAGUCCAUGCUGGUCCGCGACCACAUAAUCAUGCAACACGUGAAGCGAUGCACGCAAGGUAACACCAACAACCCAAAUAAACGUACCUGUUUCCGAAUAUGCAUGGUGGAUGCGAUGGUUGGUGGCCCAGGURUAGACACUGCCCUGGUAUGCCAUCGAAUUGGUGAUGAUUAGAUACAAUCGGAACAGGAAGUGGGCCUCGUACGUUCGGUGGGCCCACAAACGGUGUGCUCCCACGGUGACACCGUAGCCGGUAAUCGGCCAGAGAAUCUGGGCAAAGAAAAGCGUUUCGGCAGAGCAUUCCUUGAUCAGGAACAGACCUUUCAAUGCAGUGUAAUGGACCCCGAUGAAGUAAAUGACGGAAGGCCAG